GGGCAACCUUCUGACACAUAGUCAGAAGGGAACACAAGACAAAGCACAUCACAAGCAGCUUUCGUUUCCAAUCUUAGGUUCUUGAUCUUGCAAGCAGAGAGUACAAGCUCUGCAGAAGGGAAAGAGGCAUUAAGUUGCAUAUUGUUGCGUUUAGUUGGAUCAGAAUGGAGCAAGGGCAUGGACAGCCCCCUGCUAUUGUCAGUAGUACAUCUCAACUGCAAUAUGGAACAAGUCCGUAUCAGCCAAACCAAAUGCUUGCUGCCUCAAAUCCUGGAUCAGUUACUGGUCAGCCUGUGGGAGCUCAGCUUGCACAGCACCAACUUGCCUAUCAGCAGAUCCACCAACAACAGGAACAGCAACUCCAGCAACAACUUCAGUCUUUUUGGGCAAAUCAGUAUAAAGAAAUUGACAAAGUUACUGACUUCAAAAAUCAUAGCCUUCCCUUGGCUAGGAUCAAGAAGAUCAUGAAGGCUGACGAGGAUGUGAGGAUGAUAUCAGCUGAGGCACCAGUUAUAUUUUCCAGAGCAUGUGAAAUGUUUAUUUUAGAGUUGACAUUGCGAUCUUGGAAUCACACGGAGGAGAACAAGAGAAGGACACUACAGAAGAAUGAUAUUGCUGCAGCUAUCACUAGGACUGACAUCUUUGAUUUCCUGGUUGACAUUGUGCCUAGGGAGGAUCUGAAAGAUGAAGUGCUAGCAUCAAUCCCAAGAGGAACAAUGCCUGUCGGAGGACCUGUUGAUGCACUCUCUUACUGCUAUAUGCCACCUCAGCAUGCACCUCAGGUUGGAGCUCCUGGGAUGAUAAUGGGCAAGCAUGUGACGGACCCAGCUAUGUACGCCCAGCAGUCUCACCCCUAUAUGGCACAGCAUAUGUGGCCACAAGGAUCAGAGCAACAGCAGUCGCCCUCAGAACAUUAGUAACUUUAGAAAUGUAAGCUCUCUUUACCUUACCCACCAUUGCUUUGUGUCUAAUGACCAAGACCAGGUUGAUCAGAUGAGCAUGUUGUACAUGAAUGCUUUCACGUAACUGAUAGUGGCAAGAUUUGUAUCCUUCUCAUUAGAAUGCUUUUCAUACGCUCCUUUUCUAGUAAAAACCAUCAAUAGAUAUCACAGUUCGUGCUGAAGAUUUCGGUAAUAGUGGUUUGUAUGAUCAGAUUUUAUAGCUUUUCGUUUCCUACAAAUGUACUUGAUAAUUGUUGAGCCAUUAACAUCAUCCUUUCGUUAUGGUAUGUGAACUCUGGUUUAUUCAA